AUAUCUCCUACCACACCACCAUCCCUAUACCUCCAUAGUACAAGUCAGACAUAUACCUUCAACUCUCGUUUGCUGCAUAUUGAUUGCCUUCAGCCAGCCGUUGAAACGUUGUUGGGUCGACGGGCAUUUGUUAUUGUUCUAGUGUGCCCUGGUCCAUGAGAUCGAUGGGAUUCUUCCUGCCCUGUCCGAGACUCCUGCUCGAUUGGCCCAAACAACCUGUCUUACCUGCCUAAGCUACCAUAUCAUUGGUGCUCUUCCGCAGCCGACAUGUUGCGCUUGUUCCGGAGCAUCAGCAGAGGACGGGCCAAGGACGACCGACGCAAGAACGAGCCGUGGUAUGCUGCUGAGUCGCCCGAUGCGAGAUACCACCGCCUGCCCCGACAACACAACGACGCCGACGACUUCGACGACGACGACGCCGCCGCCGAUGCCUCCCUGUCUCCGCGACUGCACCGACGCCGCAACCCCGACGGCGACUAUUUCGAUCGACACGAUGGCGACGGCGACGACGACCAUGACCAUGACUACGACGAUAUGGAAGAGGAGGCCGAAGCAGAGGAGGACGACGAGGAUGCACACAAUGAAGAUGCCGUCGAAACGCCACUGUUACCCAUCUUCUCGGCGCCGCAUCUCGACAGCCUGCCACUGUACAACAUUACCCACGCGAUUCGCUUGUUGAUCGUGCAGAGGUGCGAGACGACGCUGUCAUGGGACCAACUGCGCAGUCCCCAGGUCAGCCAGUUUCUGGUGAAGCCGGUGCAGAGUCAGAUCCGAGCAGACCACUUCAAUCGGGCCACCCUGUGUGCUCUCUUAGCCAACUGCCUGCAGUUCCAAAAGGAAGGCCAAAUGACGCCGGGCAACAUGGGAGUGUGUCGGACACGAGCCAUGACCAGCGAACUGCUCGCUAUGCGGCUGUUGAGGGAGUUUUCCACCCGCGAGCUGAUUGAUUCCUUGUCAUAUGACUUUGACCUCCUCCAAGGUAUGGAUGCUUCCACUGCUGCCCCAGUGCGAAGACCGCAAGGCAGAUUUGCCCGCGUGAGUACCAUUGAGAUUGCCAUUCGUGGUGAGGCCAAACGCUUUCUCGCCCAUCCUUUGGUCGUGCAGCAUCUCGAGGCUAUUUGGGCCGGCAAUAUUGUGUUCCAUGCAGAGGCAGACAACCUGCACCGCAAACACCGUCAAUCCGAUGUGCACAAGCGAGCGCGUCCGGUGGGCUAUGGCACCACUCAUGCUCCAUCAGGAUCACCCGCAGAUGCUCUUCUGUCGAGAAAGACCCAUCCGAGUGAGCAGACACGAGCGCCGUCAGAGACGCCGAUUGCCAGGAGAACGGUCACCCUGUACAAUCCGAGAGAAGCUUCCGUUUUCAAGCUCAGUCGUUUGCGAGUACCACGAUACCGGCAAAUAUUCAGUACGCUCAGCUUCGCUACCAUGCUCACGCUCUUCAUCCUCGUACUAGUGGAUCGAAGCAUUUUCAUCACGCCCUUGGAGGUGCUCUUUUGGUUCUGGAGCAUCGGAUAUAUGCUCGACGAAAUUGUGGGCUUUUCCGAACAAGGCUUUGGACUGUACAUCUUGAGCUUUUGGAAUGCAUUUGAUCUAGGCAUUCUGUUUCUCUUUGGUGUCUACUACGUCCUGCGACUGUAUUCCAUCGUGCUCGCAGACUCUGGCAAGCAGAGGAUCGCAGGCGUCGCGUACGAUGUGUUGGCGAGUACCGCCAUUCUGCUGUUUCCUCGCCUGUUUAGCGUCCUCGACCACUACCGUUACUUCUCACAGCUGCUCAUUGCAUUCCGCAUGAUGGUACAGGAUCUUAUUGCGGUCUUGAUUCUGAUUGUCAUCUGCUGUUCGGGCUUCUUCGUGGCUCUCUCUCUAUCCUUUGCAGAGGAUGGCACCAAAGCCGGUGAUGUGGUCUACUCCCUAUUUCAGAUUCUGAUGGGUUUCACGCCCACCGUCUGGGACCAUUGGGUCAACUACAACCUUCUCGGCAAGGCCAUCAUGGCCAUCUUUUUGACCAUCUGUCACUUCUUGAUCGUCACCAUUCUGAUCACGGUACUCACCAACAGCUUCAUGGCCAUUGUGAAGAAUGCCGAAGAAGAGCAUCAAUUCUUGUUCGCGGUCAACACCAUCUCGAUGGUGAAGUCCGAUGCUCUCUUCAGUUACAUCCCUCCCACCAAUGUCAUUGGCUGGUCGCUGAGUCCUCUGCGCUACUUGAUGCCACUGCGACAGUAUGUCAAGUCCAACCGGACCAUAAUCAAAGUCACACACUUUCCGAUCCUCCUCUUGAUCUUCUUCUAUGAACGCAUCUUCAUGACCCGAAAUGGAUAUGCUCCGGUCGAGCUGAUCGAACGACGCGAGACGGAUCGGAGGAAGCCCGCCGCGUUCAGCGCGAAGCCGGAGCCAUACGCAGCCAAUCGCCUGCUCCGAGAACCUUCUGUCGUCAGCUUUCGCAAGGAUCGAGCGUUGGAUGAAGUGUUCCGACGGCCCUUCCGGGGAGACACGAUUCGGACGACGACCAGAGAAAUGGAGAUGAUCGACGGGCAGGGUUCCGCAAAUGCAGUGGACCAGUGGAUGCAAGCCGCCGACAAUGAAGGCGGCGCCAGUCCGCCAGCCGAGCAACCGAGGAGUGUGCUCGAGAGACUGGAGUUUAGGCGUCCCAGAUUCAAGCGCGCGAGCACAAGCGACCGCAUUCGAAUGAUGAAGCAAACAAGGGACUUUUCGACAGCGACACGCAGCGUUGCCAGCGAUGGGCAUCGGAGACACCCCUAUCGUAUACCAGAGGAAACGGAAGAUCUCGAGAUCAGUGUAGACACAUUGCCGCAAGACACGGAGGCCGACGGCGACGAUGAGAUCAACGACGAGUCGGACGCGCACACGCCUGCUCUGGGCGAGAGCGCCCUCUCGAUAUCUGAACAUCGCACUCCCGCAGACGAGAGCGACUCGGAAUACUUUCAGACACCCACCGGACCCAACUCGCCCUUUGUACAGAUGUCGCACGCUGCACAAGCGAGGACCCUACAAUACUCGCCCGACGUCGCGAGAGGCGGUGGACCCACUCGAGCAUCAGGACGGCCAGCACGAGGCCAGACCGACAGGCAUGCAUCAUCCACGACCGUCCUGUUCGCUCCUCGGAUUGAAUUCGAUUCGUCUGCAUCGAAUCCGAAGCAAUUCCGCGCUGGGCAGGCGGCAAAGAAUACCACCCACAAUAUCAGGAAGGAGACCACUGCGCCCACGCCCAAUCCCACUGGACCAAGUGGACGGACGCCAAAACGAGCAUCGACACAGCAAGUCAAGGCACGUCCCAUCAUGCCUGCACGCCAGCAGAGUACACCCAACGCCGCUGCAUUUGGUGGUUUGAGUUUCUUGGAACGGCCGCGCCCGCGAGUGACGUCCUUUAACGCUCGUGCUCUCGACCUCGCCAGCGAGAUUGGAGACAAUAAAUUCACGGGUCCUGCUGGCAUCGAUGCAGGCGGGAUUGAUGGCAUGCCUUCUUCCUUCAACGAACAAAUGAUGCGCGAACACCAAUUGCGUCGACGCGAAGAGGAAGACCGUCGUCGUAGCGAAGACGAAGAGAAGGGCAUGGUCAACCGCAUCAUGUUGGCACGAAUGCAUACUCUCGAGGAGGGCUUUAGAGAAGUCCUCAAGGAAAUCAAGGACAUGAGUCAGCAUACUACGAAUUCUUCGAGGAGAGAAAGUGAAGUCGAUUCCAGUUCGGGACCGAUUCGUCAUCACAAGAAGAGUUCAUCGAAAUCCAACAUUGAUGUCCGAAACGUGUUGGGUGCGGGAUCGGGCUGGCAGACUCCGCGAACUCCUAUUGCAAUUGGUCGAAUUGGAGGGAAUGAUAAGAGUAAGAAGGCAAGUCCCAGUAAGAAGAAUCUGAGGACGAACAAUAGUAAGAAGGUGAGUGAUGAUGGUGGACUGGUACCAGCUGAGCCUUCUACGACAACUGCAUCCAGUAGCAGUGAGCUGCAACAGUCUCACGAGCAACUUCGCGCGGGACUAGAGGCGGACAGGGGAUGGAUGAAUCGCGAAGCUACGCAAGUAAUACCUCCGGAGCUCCAGGAGGAUGGCCAGGCCAGUCCGGAGUCUGUCCAGAGUGUGGUUGAAGUUGCCCGUCAAGAUGAGGCGCGACGAAACUUUUCUGGGAGACCAAGUACUGCCAUUCACGAUGAUGAACUAAUUGAUCUUGGAAGAAGAAGAAGCGGAAAUGAUGAUAAUAAUGAUGAUAAUCGCGAGUGAUGAGGUGCAACGGCUACUCUAUGUACAAUCAACAGCAAAUGCGAGAUGAGCGUGGUUGGCCGGUUGAUCGGUUUGGCGUUUUCUGAUUAUCAUUUUCGAGGACCGCUUGGAAAUUGGGGAUUGGGGUGGUAAUGCAUCAAUAGAUGGAGAAGAUGUGUGUGAAGCGGAUAUUUGUUUGCAAAUUUCCUGCAAUGACAAUUUGUCUAUUCUACAGUACCUGUAUCUACCUACAGCGA